CUGCAGCACAGUUUCCUUCACCGUUGGAAUGAAGACAUUCAGUAUCAUACAUCAUGGCUAACGAUAAAACAACAGCAUCAAAGCUGUUUUGCCAGAAAUGCCGCGUCCCUAUCGACAUCGAUGCCUCCGUUGACCAACUCAACCCCGCCGCAUUCAAGCUCCUUACAGACUCUACCGUACCUGGCCAGCAGCAGUCUGCUUCCAGCUCCACUCGCCAGUCACGCCCGGCCUAUCCCUCCGCUCGCCAUCAAACCUACGAUGCUGCCAUACAGAAUGCAAGAAAUCCGACCUUCAAACGCAACGUUCCCUCUCCGCGCUUCAGUCAACAUGGAGGACAUAACCCUGCAAUGUCCUUCGUCAAUGUGCAUAUGUCUGAAUCAAUGUUGGAUACGCCACCGCCCUCAACAGGAAGUGUCCGCAGUCCCGAACGCCAGCCCGUGCCGGAGGAAGGAGAGUCGAACGGGACGGAAACUACAAGACGUGCCAGCGCAAUAGGGACUUCGGGAGCUUCAUCAGCAGGCAAGAUGUCUGACGGAAUGGAAACGACCAACCGCAUGUUCGAAAUCCUCUCCGCUCGCUCCGAUAUCGAUCACCCGAUCUGCGUGGAGUGUACAGAACUGCUUGUGGAUGGCUUGCAGAAACGUCUCACUGUUGCUACCCGCGAGCGUGACGCAUAUGUGGAUUACUUGCGUCGUGCGAAUACCGACGUACCCAGCGCAGAAGAGAUCAAGACAGCAGAAUCCCAACUGAAAGCGGCGAAAAAGAGCGAGGCGGAAGCGAUUGCCAAUCUUGAAAAGAUGGAAGCCGAGAAGGCGGAGCUGGAUUCCCAGAUGGCUGCGUUAGAGGCAGAAGCACGAGAACUUGACAAAGAGGAAGCUCUCUUCUGGCGGAACAGGAACAAGUUUGCUACAGAGCUGUCUAGCUUUCAAAACGAACGUGAUGCGCUGACGACCAAGCACGCUCACGAUGCACAAAUACUAACACAGCUCCAACGACGAAGCGUAUACAAUGAUACCUUCAACAUCACCCAUGACAAUCACUUCGCCACGAUCAACGGACUACGUCUCGGUCGUUUGCCAUCACCAUACGUCGACUGGCCCGAGAUCAACGCAGCAUGGGGCCAAACUUGUCUCCUAGUCGCGACGCUUGCCGAUCGCCUGGGUUUCAAAUUCGAAGGCUACGAGCUCUGCCCCAUGGGCUCCAACUCAACCAUCCUGAAGCUCGAAACCAAAGGCACAAGCAAUGACCGCAGCGGCGCCACCUCCACGCAAACCGGCGCAGCCGUCACCCGACAAAGACUCGAGCUCUACUCCUCGGGCGACUUCCCCAUCAACUUCGGCUUCCUCCACCGAAAGUUCGACACAGCCAUGGUCGCAUUCCUCGAAUGCCUCCGCCAGCUCGGCGAGUUCGUAGAGAACUCCCCGGCCCCCGCUGCGCACGGCAGCCCCGGCCUAGGCGCCAUCAAGAUGCCGUACGAGAUCAAGAAGGACAAAAUCCACGACCAGAGCAUCAAACUGGCGAUGAACAAGGAGGAGCUGUGGACCCGCGCCUGCAAGUACACGCUCACAUGUUGCAAGUGCCUGCUCGCGUACGCCAACAACGUAGAGAGUCUGAAGGUUCAGCGGUCAAGAUAGGAUCGACUGCAUUCGGCUCAUGAUUGGAGUGGGAGAUUGGAUAUUGAGGAGGAUAUUUAGGGGACACGAGAGAGCCAUCUACACCGCGCGUGCAACAUCUAUUCACACCCAGGUCUUCCAAACGGAGUUUUAGAAUCCUUAAGAUACCCCUACUAGUAUUAUUACACCCAUUUUUUAAAAGAGAAAAUAGUCUGCAACGCUGC